AUGGUCCAAUACCUCCUCACCGGCGUAACCGGCGGCCUGGGCGCCCACGUGCUCGAGUACUUCCUCGCGCACGUCGACCCGUCAACCUACGCCGUCGCCUCUUCCAACCCAGCCAAAGCCUCCAAAUUCACAGCCAAGGGCCUCGCCUUCCGGGCGGUCAACUACGACGACCCGAGCACGCUGGCCACGGCCUUUGAGGAGGUGGAGAAUUUGUUCUUCGUCAGCUCCAACACCUUCGACAACGAGCGGCGCCGGAGACAGCAUCAAGAUGUGGUGGAUGCCGCCAAGCGGGCGGGGGUGAAGCAUGUACGCACGCGGUUGUAUACUGAAGCCUUCCCCCUGUACUUCAACUGGUACCCCACCACGCAAACCAUCGUCCUGCCCCAGCCCACGCCAUCCACCACACCAUCCGAAACCCCCGCAAACACCCAACGAAUCACCUUCACCUCGCGCGAGGAACUCGGCCACGCCACCGCGCGCCUCCUCCUGCGGGGCGGGGGUAAUUUUCGCAACCAGAUCGUCGUGCUCAGCGCCCGAGAGACGCUGUCGUUCCGGCAGAUUGUGGAUCUGAUUAACCAGCACCACCAUGAUGGGAAGGAGGGGGUGAGGAUUGAGUUCGUACCGCCAGCCGAAUAUGUGGCCCGGAAUGCGGCGGCGGAUGAGGGCGGCAAGCCGGCGGGGUUCUUUGAGGCGAUGGUCUCGUGGCAUGAGGGGAUCGCCAAGGGGGAGGCGGUGGUCGAUGGGGAUGGGUUGAUGGCCGAGGUGCUGGGCAGGGAGCCGACGCGGGCGUCGGAGAGGAUUCGGGAGUUGUUGAGCGAGGCAAGGGCGGAAGGGGGGUAUACGUGGCAUCAGAAUUAUGCUUAA